AUGAAUUCUUCAUCUUCUAACUUCAACGUGUCGAGCAAUUUAAACACCGGUAAUCAGGAUGGCCCGGGCUUAGCUGCAGCCAAAUAUGUGAUCGUCCUCGCGCUUGGCUUCAUCCUCAACUACAUCAGUGGUGCUCUGAUUCACACCUUCAGAAAACACCAGGUUUUUUUCCUGAACCCUCGUUACGUCCUGCUCAUCCACCUCGUCGUGAACGAUAUGGUCCAGCUGACGACAUCGAUCAGCCUGUUCAUCAGUUACGUCUCCUACAAAAUCAACGCUUCCGUUUGUUGCCUCAUGAUGACCGUUGCUGUUUUCACCACCAUGAACACUCCGUUAAAUUUAGCUGCGAUGGCUUUGGAGCGCUACGUCGCCGUGUGCUUCCCUCUGCAGCACGUCGAGCUCUGCACCGUCAAACGAACUUAUGUUCUGAUUGGUUGCAUUUGGGCUUUGAGCUCGGUCGCAGUUUUGUUCCAAACCAUUGUUCUUCUGUCCACGGAGCCUCUGUCGUUUUUUCAUUCUGCAAUAGUUUGUCUGAUGGAAAAACUGUUCCAACACCCAAUAAGUCUUCAAAUGAGGGGGAUUACCUAUAUUAUUUAUUUAACUGUAGUUUGGUUCACCCUUUUCUUUACCUACUUCAAGAUCUUUUUUGCAGCCAGAGCAGCUAAUUCAGCUGACGGGAAUGCAACAAAGGCCAGGAACACCAUCCUGCUUCACGGCGUUCAGCUCCUCUUGUGCAUGCUGACAUAUUUAGACCCUUUGGUCAAAACUCAUUUAAUCGGCUCGUUCCCUAACAUUUCUAGUCAUUUACGCUACGUUUGGUAUAUCAUUGUGGACGUUCUUCCCAGGUUUAUCAGUCCCAUUGUGUACGGGCUGAGAGACAAGACGUUUAAACUGUAUUUGAGAAAAAGCUUUAAAACUUUAACGUAA